AUGGAUCUUACACCUGCGGGACUGCAAGACCCCUCGCAAGCAAGACCGACACCAACACCCGUUCCCGGCUCGACACCUGGAGCCCUCACACCCGGCGGCCAUGUUAGUUUAUAUGGCUCUCGUCCAGGCUCCGUAUACUCUCGCCGCUCACUAUACCCCGCGGGUGACUUUCGCAACUCAGGGCGCGACAGUUUGCUCGAUGUGAAGGCAGAUGUGAUGUGUAACUGGUUAUACCAGCGACAACUGGAGAAGCAGUACGUUACUGGCAUGCUCCCGGGUGAGGGAGUUGUCAUCAAGAAAGGAAAGCAGAACUAUGCUUGCUGCCCACCACAGCUUCAGGAAACGCCCGGAAGUUUGUACGAAAUGGCCAUGGAAUUGAACGUUCGGUGUGCCAUGACCGUCAACACCAGAGUCAUCAACGUCAUUCUGAGUUCACGAAGGUCAGCUUUUGAUUACAUACCAUUGCCGGAUGGUCUUCGACUACAGGUGCUGGCCACCAUGGCCGAGCUUCCUCGGUGUCAGAAGCAUCACUUCGCUGCCUUUAUCCAAGACGCUGGCAUUCUUGUCGUCUGGGAAGAUGAUCCUAAGAAACUCCUCCUCAGAGCAGAGGCUAUCGAGCGGCAAUUAAUGAGAAUGAUUUGGGGUACUGGUGAAGAGGACGGUGAUGAGGAUGAGAAGAAUGCCGCUGAAGUUGGCGUGUCGGCUGUUGAUCUUGAGGCUGCUCUUGACGAGGAAGUCAGGAAGACCAAGCUCACCAGCCCAAUGACUGUCGCCAUUACCUUAGCGCUAACAUUCACCACGGUUGGCCUGGGCCUCCGAAACGUUGUUUACGAGAUCAUGAUGGACGGCUCAUACGUCCGUCUUGCCCUCAUUGCCGUCAUCCCGGUUCAAAUCUUUGUCUCUCUGUUCUUUUUCCAGACUAUCUGUGGUAAUUUGUUUCAGGUCUUCGGGCCUAUCUCCUCCGUCGACAAAAACUCCAAGUUUUACUCUGGGAAAGCACCCAAGCGCCUGGAUCGGAACUUCUCUACCUUGCCUCAUGUUACUGUGCAGAUGCCAGUCUAUAAAGAGGGUCUCAAUGGUGUUAUUCGGCCUACCAUCCAGUCCAUCAAGCAAGCUAUCUCUACCUACGAAAUGCAAGGUGGUACUGCCAACGUCUUCAUCAAUGAUGACGGUAUGCAACUGGUUCCUGAGGAUCAAGCCGAGGCCCGCCGGGAGUUCUACGACGAGAACAACAUUGGUUGGGUGUCCCGACCUAAGCACAACCCGAAGCCCGAGGAGGGAGAAAGCGUCUUCCUGCGCCGUGGAAAAUUUAAGAAGGCUUCCAACAUGAACUAUUCCCUGAUGGUCAGCAACCGCGUCGAAGACAAAUUAUUGCAAGUUCAGCGCCAUCCCAACUGGACUCAAGAGGAAGAGAACGCUGCCUAUGACCAGUGCCUUGCGCAGAUCAUCGAGGAAGACCAAGGCCGAACGUGGGCUGAGGGCAACAUUCGUGUCGGUGACUACAUCCUCAUCAUCGAUUCCGACACUCGUGUACCAGCGGACUGCUUGUUGGACGCCGUCAGUGAGAUGGAACAGUCACCCGAAGUCGCAAUCCUACAAUUCACAUCCGGUGUCAUGAAAGUUUCCACUUCUUUCUUCGAAAGUGGUGUUACUUGGUUUACUGAGCUUAUCUAUUCUGCGAUCACCUUCUGUGUGGCUAAUGGAGAUGCUUGCCCUUUCGUCGGGCACAAUGCCAUGCUGCGAUGGUCAGCCAUCCAAGAUGCCGUCGCGUACCAGGACGAAGAUGGUUACGAGAAGUUCUGGUCCGAGUCUCACGUUUCAGAAGACUUUGAAAUCUCUCUGCAGCUUCAGACUUCGGGGUACACUCUUCGCUUUGCUUCUUACACUGGUGACGGCUUCCAAGAAGGUGUCUCGCUCACUGUGUACGACGAGUUGGCUAGAUGGGAGAAGUAUGCUUAUGGUUGCAACGAGUUGCUAUUCUGGCCUUUGCGCUACUGGAUCACACGUGGCCCCUUUACGCCUCUGUUCCGCAAGUUCAUCUUCUCCUCUAUUGCUCUACCUAAGAAGGUCACCAUUCUUGCAUACAUCGGCACAUACUAUGCCAUUGGUGCGGCCUGGCCUCUGACUGUCUUGAACUACUUCAUCUCUGGAUGGUUCUUUGGUCUUCUCGACAAGUUCUACCUCGAUUCUUUCGCCAUCUACAUCUCCAUCAUUGUUGUUUUCACUGCUUUUGGUAACGUUGCCCUGUCCAUCCUCCGAUACCGUCUCAAUCAACAGGGUCUAUUGGAAGCUUUCUGGAACAAUGUCAAAUGGAUUCCAAUGUACUCGAUAUUCUUGGGCGGCUUGCAACUUCACGUUUCGCAGGCUCUGGUGUCGCAUUUCCUUGGAAUCGAGAUGAACUGGGGCGCCACAGCUAAGGAAGUUGAAGAUGUCAACUUUGUUGAGGAGAUCCCACGUCUGCUCAAACGGUUCAAGGGCACGUUCUUCUUCGUCUUCCUCAUGACGGCUCUUAUGAUCUGCGGCGCCAUUGUAUUUCCAUAUCAGUGGCGCAUCCAGGACUUCGCGGCCAUCUGGCCCUUGGCCAGCUGCACAGUCACACAUUUCCUCCUGCCAGUGGCUCUCAACCCUGCGCUCAUGGUUUUUGCGUGGUAG